GGACAGGCGAUCGAUCGUCCAACAUCCUUUGAUCCUGACGCAGUCGAUGCGAAGCCAAGCCACCGCGGCGACCUUGUCUCUGCUCAGCCUCGGCUGCCUCUUUGCUGCGACGCUGCAUCCGUUCUGGCUGACGCAGUCGUUCGACGCGCCCAACAACGUCCACGUCAUCCAGGGCUUUGGCCUCUUUGGGUUUUACUCGACUGUCGAGCACGCAUCGCAGCUCACAACGCCGUUCCUGGCCUCUUCCACGUAUGUUAGCUACGGCGCCCUUUGUGCCAGCGACUUUAACGCGCCCAACUGGAUGUACGGCACGCUGCGCGACUACCAAAGCAAGCUCUGCGACGCGACCUGGAGUUUGACGCACGUUCUGCAUCUGUUGACGCUCGCGUUAAACCUCGUGGCGCUGACGUUCAACUUGCGCACGCUCCACACUCUCGAGUGGACGGCGGCCGAGACAGUUGCGGGCCUCACCACGAUGGCCAACGGCUUCUUGCAGCUCUGCGUGCUGAUGCUUUGGAGCCUCCAGCUCAAGCCCAGCAUCACCGACAUUGAGGUCGUCAACCAAAACCUCGUGGCCUGCGCUACCUGGCGCCACUGGAGCUGCUGGGGCUUUGGCGUAAGCUUCUACCUCGCGGCCUUGGCCGUCCUCUGGACGCUUCUCACCUUCUCCGCGAUCUCGUCUGGCCGACGGCAAAAGAUCCGCCGCCAGCGCAAGGAGGCUGUGCGCCGCCUGCUCGAUGCCCCGCAAACCGUGGCCGUGCGCACCUUGUCGAUGGCGUCCAGCUACCGCGAGACGCGCGACUAGGGUCGCCAAUACUAGUCCUUCAUGUAUAUUCUAGUCGACUAUAGUGCACUAUGUUGUUCCGUUGGGGAAGACCACUUGAAGUUGACGCCGA